AUGGGGGGUAGCAGCCUCAACAUCAUGUAUGCGGAGAAUCUGCAUGCCAUGGGCAUCGAUCGGUCGCGCAUUCCGCCGUCGGGGGCGCCUUUCCACGGCAUCGUGCUGGGAAAGCAAGCGAUCCCGCUCGGGAAGAUCGACCUGCCCAUAACGUUUGGUGAUCCGACCAACUAUAGGACGGAGACCCUCACCUUUGAAGUGGUUGGGUUUCACAGAUCCUACCAUGCCAUAUUGGGGCAACCAAGCUACAUGAAGUUCAUGGCCAUCCACAAUUAUACUUAUCUGAAGCUCAAGAUGCCGGGCCCGCAUGGGGUCAUCACCGCCGGCUCCUCCUUCCAACACGUCUAUCAGUGUGAGGUGGAGAGCUGUGAGCUUGCCUCGACGGUCAUCGCCUCCGAGGAACAUGCGGCCAUCAAGGAUGAAACCACGGAGGAAGUGCCUAACUCCAAUUGGGCUUCAGGAUCCUUCGAGCCCGCGGAGGGUGUGAAGGAGGUCCUUGUUGACCCUGAGAACUCCGCAGACAAGAAGGUGCAGGUUGACAUUGUGCUCUCCUCCAAAUAG